AUGGCAUCAGCACAUGGGACUGAACCUUCAGAAAUCCCUGAUCUAGAACAGCAGCCUGUCACCCAUUGCGGAAAAUCCUCACCUUCAAGCAACGUAUCCCGUGACCUUCCUCCACACGCGGAAAAGCCUUCACCUUCAGUCUUCCAACUUUGCUGGGAAGGCGAAGGCAAACCUUCGGUCAUUCAAGCCUAUUGCCAGCGAGCGAUCGAUCAGGGAGACACCGAGUGUAUCUGGCUUUGUAUCAGGCGUGGGAAACGAACUAUUGCUAAAGACAUUCAAUUUAAAAACAAUAGUGAUUUUCAGCCGCAUCCAGCUGGCUUCCGCAAGCUAUGUGGUUGGUGGAAACGGCACUCUCUUUUCUCAGCCGUUGGAUGCAAGGAAGUCCAGAUUCGCUUCCUCGACUACAAUGAGAAAAGAAACGAGGUCGAAGUCGUCCUGAUGAAUUUUGAUUAUAACAAUAAGAGGGGUGAAUUCGAUAGGCUCCUUGGGAAAAUGCUGAAUGACGAUAUCGCUCGGGGAGAAUGCGGAGUAAAUGUCACCGGCGAGAAUCCCCCAGAGUGUGACAAGCAUAGGUGUGCCAACAGUGUGAUGGAUUACUUGGGAGAUCAGUAUUGCAUGGUCCAGCACAAGAGGGCUCUGGAGAACCAAAGAAACGAAACCAUGUGGUUGUCUCCGAUGCUCGAUUACUUCUGGCGGCAUGGCGUUGGCAGAAAGGGCAUUGAGUUCUUCAGGGAAACUGGAUUCAUCACUUCGUAUCGUGAGCUGAAAGAGGACAGCUACAACGACGCCGCAACCCCAUACGGCAAGACCGUCAAUGCUUUCAUGAUUGUUGAGGGUUGGCGCAUUGACUAUCUGCUCUGGCUCAUCGCCAUCUCCCUGGUUGUCAGUAUUGGCGUUGUUUGUGGUGUUGCAGUUGUGAGCCACAGUCUUGACGAUGGAUUGACUGCUGGAACCUACGCCCUUGGAUUUUUCACCAUUCCUUUGGCAGCCAUGACGCUUCUCAGUGCUGUUCUCUAG